AUGGGACAGACUGUCGUUACCCCCUUGAGCCUAACUACUGACCAUUGGUCGGACGUCAAAGGCCGGGGGAGUGAUGAAGGUGUAGUCAUCAAGAAGAAUAAAUGGAUGACCCUCUGUAAGGCCGAAUGGGUCAUGAUGGAUGUAGGAUGGCCACGGGAAGGGUCAUUUAAUCUCUCUCUCAUUUCACAGGUUGAGAGGAAGGUGUUUGCCCCCAGCCCCCAUGGGAAUCCAGACCAGGUUCCCUACAUCACCAUUUGGAGAUCCCUGGUUGAAAAACCAUUCCCCUGGGUCAAGCCCUUCCUCCCACAACCCCCUCUCACUCCCCAACCUUCGGCACCUCCUAACCCCCUUUCUUCUCUCUACCCAGUCCUUCCCCACAGGGAGCCUUCCAAGCCCCCUGUCCUUCCCCCUGACCCUAACUCUCCUCUCAUAGACCUUCUGACAAAUGAACCGCCGCCCUACCAGCCAACCCCCCCAGCAUCACCAGCGGCCCCGGCGGCUGCCCCCCCCACAUCGGCCGCGGCUCCGGCGGCUGCGCCCGCAGCGGCUCUAGUCGCGACGCCUGCUGCGACCUCCCCGGCGGCCGCGCCCCCCGUGAUGACCCCGCUCGCUGAGGACUCGGAGGAAGAAAAAGAAACAGUCCAGUCCCCCAUCGCGGGCCGCCUCAGGGGCCGCCGAGCCGGCCCCCCCACUGAAUCCAAAGCCUUCCUGCUUCGGGAAGGGCCCAACCAUCAGUUACAAUAUUGGCCCUUUUCUGCCUCAGACCUUUAUAAUUGGAAACAACAUAAUCCCCCUUUCUCCAGGGAUCCUGUUGCCUUGACCGGACUAAUUGAGUCCAUCCUAGUGACUCACAGGCCGACUUGGGACGACUGUCAGCAGCUCCUGCAGACCCUCUUAACAGUAGAGGAAAAGCAGAGAGUUUUCCUGGAGGCCCGGAAGCAGGUUCCGGGUGAUGAUGGGAGGCCAACCCAACUCCCAAAUAUCAUCGAUGCAGCUUUUCCCUUGACUCGCCCAGACUGGGACUUCAAUACACCUGAAGGUAGGGAGCAUCUACGUCUCUAUCACCAGUUGCUCUUAGCGGGUCUCCGAGCGGCCGCCAGAAGGCCUACCAAUUUGGCUCAAGUAAGGAAUGUGAUACAGGGAAAGGAAGAAUCACCCGCUGCAUUUUUAGAGAGGCUGAAGGAGGCUUAUAGGAUGUACACUCCGUAUGAUCCAGAAGACCCAGGGCAAGCACCAGGUGUCAUCCUGUCAUUUAUAUACCAGUCUAGCUCAGAUAUCCGAACCAAAUUGCAGCGGUUGGAAAGUUUGCAGGCGCUAGGUCUGCCAGAUUUAUUGAAGGAAGCAGAGAAAGUGUUCAAUAAGAGAGAAACUCCUGAGGAGCGUGAGGAAAGGAGAUGGCAGAAACAAGAGGAAAGGGACAAGAAACAGCAUAGGGAAAUGAAAAAGGCUUUGGCCGCCGUUGUGUCUCAGGGACAGCGGAGAGAGGGAGAUAGGUCGGAAGAGUGAAGGAGGCCACCCCUUGAUAAAAAUCAAUGUGCUUACUGUAAGGAGAAGGGACACUGGGCCCGAGAGUGCCCCAAAAAGUCACAAGGACCCCGCCGACCCAAGCCCAAAACCGUGGACCUCCUUAGUCUAGAGGACUAGGGGAGUCGAGGCCAGGAGCGCCCCCCUGAGCCUAGGAUAACCCUCAAGAUUGGGGGGCAGCCCGUGACCUUCCUGGUUGAUACUGGUGCCGAACAUUCAGUCCUAACCCAUGCCGGAGUGCCUCUUAGCCGGCAUUCUGCACUGGUGCAGGGGGCAACUGGAAACAAGAGGCAUUACUGGACUGCCGAGAGAAAGGUCCAGCUGGCAUCAGGGCAAGUAACUCACUCCUUCCUGCACAUACCUGAAUGCCCCCAUCCGCUGUUAGGACGGGACCUAUUAACCAAAUUGAAAGCACAAAUCUACUUUGAUGAGAAGGGACCAAGGGUCACAGGUCCUAAGGGAGACCCCCUACAAAUCCUUGCCCUCAGUUUAGAGGAAGAAUACCGUUUGUUUGAGGCAGAACCCCCGGAGAAAUCUCCUGAGGAGCUACAGAACUGGCUGAGAGAGUUUCCUCAGGCCUGGGCAGAGACUGGGGGCUUGGGGAUGGCACGCGAUCAGCCGCCGCUGAUGAUCUCACUAAAGGCCUCCGCGACUCCUGUUUCAAUCAGACAAUACCCAAUGUCACGGGAAGCUCAUGAGGGGAUCAAGCCCC